UUAUAUCAACAUUGAAACUAAACUCAAGAAAUUCUUUUGCAUAGAGAUCUUGUAAGAUUGUGAAAUGAAUUUUCUUUCUCGUUGCGCCAAGUCCGUUGGCGCCAUGUGCUCUCGGGGACCGAGGGGACUGCGGUUCCUGUUUCAUGACUGCGGUGACGACCAUUCCUCGGGAAUCAUGGCUGAAAUCACCAAGAAGAUCAAAGAGCAGGUUGGGGUGGAGAUGGGUUAUCAUACGAUCCCUAAAUUCCGAGCAGGCUUGCUCAAGACUGCUGCUCCACGGAGCGGAGAAGAUUGGUCCUGGCGCGGGGAUGCUUUUUCUGGUUCUCCCCUAAAAGAAACCGAUUCCAAGCCUCGCCAGGAGCAUGAAUCCUUUAUUGGAUGCGCCCGGGAGCUGAUUAUGAGCGGCAAAAAAAUUGCCGAGCUAUGCGAGCACAAUUCGGAGGUGUCCAAGAAAUACGGCAAACACAAUGCCACCACUUUCACAUCGGAGCCCAGCGGCCCAACAAAUCAACAACAAUGAAACUCUUCGUGUUUGCUGUGUGCGCCAUCGCUGUGGUUGCGGCCGAUGUCUCCCAUCUGAAUCUGGGCGGUGGUGGCAGUGGGUACUCGUAC